AUGGAUUGGGCACACAAUCUUCCUCCACUCGACGAGGGCAGCAAUGAGGCAGUGGAGUUAACCUAUCAAGACCAAUGCGACUUGCUCAUGAAGCGAGUAGACAAGUUCCCAAUGCAGUCUCAAUUGGCCGAGCAAUCUGGUCUAAUUGGCGGCAUGAAGUACAUCGAAGGUUUCUCCAAGUUGUGGCAUCCUAAUGCGGGCGAUGCCUACAUCAAUUAUUUCACACAGGUCCUUGCUGCGCAGAUUUUCUGGCCCAAUUUUGACUUUCCUGGCGUUGACCCCGAUCCAGUUUACACUCAAGUUUGGUCUGAGUAUUUCGAUGCUGCGGUAGAGCUUGUACAUCGCAAAUAUCCACGUGAUAUGUAUGAUCUGAGCAAAGAGUUUGCUGAUAAAUUAUUUGUCGCUCGCCGCAAUGCAGCCCUUACCGCGAAUCAAGUAAAGAACGCUCAGGAGUCGAGAGAAUAUGGUACUACAGCAGAGAGACUCGCGACAAAGACAUCCAAAGCUGACAGCAAUGCCAUCGAGGGAGCUGAUCACAAUGAUGUUUCGUCCACCAUCGCCUAUUACGAACUUGAGAGCGAUUCCGAGUUUGAGAAGGUCGACACAAGUGAUGUGGAAUUGACAGCAAGUACUGAGGAGAGUAUGGAAGACGGCUAUGUUUUUCUAUGA